GAAGAGGGAUUGAAUCUGCAGUAUUGGGGGAAUCAUCAGAAGAGAAAAAUGAGAGAAAAAGAGUAAAUGCAAGGUAACAAAGAGUAAGUGGAAUUAAUGAAGGGAAAUGGGAUUAAUAAAUAGGAAAAGAUAAAUGUUAUGGGGCACCAGUGACAAGUCUGUCUGGUGGCAGAAACUGAAGACUAAUUUUAGAUUUCCGAGGUAAUUAUGUAAGUACGCCACCUAAAUCUGUAGGUAGAUAUUUAUUAAGCAAUAAAAGAGUCGAACCUCGAACGGUCUAUAUAAAAUGUUCAUCCAAAUCAAUCAUGUUCCUAUUUAUGUAGUACGAUUUUGGACGUAAUAGCCAGAUCCAAUAACAGAAAUGGAUUCUCAGCUGUUUGACCUUGAUCAACACUACAUCGUCGUGUUUCCCUUCAUGGCUCACGGCCAUCUCAUUCCUUUCUUAGCCUUGGCCAACCAAAUUCACCGAAGGACAGGCUUCACACUCAUCAUCGCUACAACUAAGCUCACCCUCCAUCAUCUCCGGCGAUCUACCUCCAGCGAAGAUGAUCACGAACACUCAAACUCCGGAAUCCAUUUCGCCGAGCUACCCUUCUCCAGUUCCGACCACGGCUUGCCCGACAACACUGGAACCACUGAGAACUUGUCUCGUGCCCAACUAAUCGACUUCUUACACGCUUCAACAUCUAUGGAAACUCCUUUCCGUAACUUCAUCCACGAAUGUAUCGGUAAACAUGGACGCCCUCCACUUUGUAUUAUCUCCGACAUGUUUUUUGGGUGGGCCGUCGACGUGGCACGUAGCUACGACACCGUCAAUGUCACUUUCCUUACUUCUGGCGCUUACGGCUCUGCAGCCUUCAUUUCUAUCUGGAACGAACUCCCUCACCGGAAAACAGAGUCUGAAGAAUUCGAGGUCACUGGGUUCCCUAAACGGUGUCGGUUCCACCGUUCUCAGUUACAUUAUUUCUUGAGAGCAGCCGACGGUUCAGAUUCAUGGUCAAAAUUCUUCCAAACCCAGUUGAGGCUUAGUCUCAAAUCGCACGCCCUGUUGUGUAACACCGUCGAAGAAAUCGAACCGCUCGGACUGCAAAUCCUCCGGGAUUACAGUAAACGCCCCGUUUGGUGUGUCUGUCCGCUUCUCCCCAAAGCUGUGUUAAACGACAAGUCGUUUUCACCUUCUUCUUUCAGUUUUUCCAAAGAGAGUAUGUCAGCCGACAAGUUGUUCGAGUGGCUCGAUUCACAAGAACCCAAGUCCGUUCUGUACAUUGCGUUUGGUUCCCAGAAUACGAUCGGAGCAACCCAGAUGAUGGAAUUGGCAAUCGGGCUGGAAAAAAGUGAGAAGCCUUUCGUUUGGGUCAUAAGGCCUCCGGAGGGUUUCGAUUUGAAAGGAGAGUUUAAUCCAGAGUGGUUGCCAGAAGGGUUCGAAGAGCGAGCCAAGGAGAAGAAUCGUGGGUUGUUAGUUCGGAAAUGGGCACCCCAGUUGGACAUUUUAGGGCAUAAGUCUACAGGUGCGUUUCUGAGUCAUUGUGGGUGGAAUUCGGUGAUGGAGAGCUUGAGCCAGGGGGUCCCGAUCAUCGGGUGGCCAUUGGCGGGGGAACAAAAUUACAAUUCAAAGAUGUUGGUGGAGGAGAUGGGUGUGAGUGUGGAGCUGAGUCGAGGACCUUCGGGGACCAUUGCUGGGGAUGAAGUGAAGAAGGUGAUUGAUUUGGUGAUGGCGAGAGAUGGUCAAGGAGAAGAGUUGAAGAAAAAGGCUAAUGAGAUUAAGUUGCAGAUACGAGAAGCCUUGAAAGAAGAGGGAGAAAGUAAAGGGUCUUCUUCUCUUAAAGCCAUUGAUGCUUUUGUUGCUUCUAUUGUGAAAAAUAGACAAGAAAAUGUCAAGAAUUAAUUUGGAUAUGAAUCAUAUCAUAUGAUAAUUUGAUUAAACAAUGUACUGUUAAUUUUUGCUCGAGAAAUAUAUAGACAGGGAAAUUUGAGUUUGUGUGCUUUA